GGAUUGGAACAUUUCUACGUGUUGAACAACUCUGCCACCAUUGUCAGUUCUCACGGAAAUGGAACAGUCAGCCGAUUUUGGGCAGUACUCCAGCUGGAAACCUUCUUCCUUUCUGCUGCUGUGUAUCUCAGUGGUGCUUCAUUUUUCACAAUUGAAAAGAUAUUUGCAGCUAUGAAGUUACAUCUUUUCAAGUACGACACCUUUCGUCGUCAUGCACGAAUGUGCAUUGAGCCUGCUAUUGUUUACAAAUGGAGAAACUGGCAGGAUGAGAUGCUACAGCUGUUGGCUCAAAGGGAAAAGGUCAUUGUUGGAGGAGAUAUGAGGGCUGACUCACCAGGGCACUCUGCCAAAUAUGGCAGUUACACAAUGAUGGACCUGGAGACAAACACCGUUGUUGAUGUACAACUCGUCCAGAGUAAUGAAGUGGGAGGAAGUUACCACAUGGAAAAGGAAGGUUUGAAGAGAGGUCUUGACUUUUUGGAUGCUCAUGGAGUGACUCUGGACUGCAUUGUGACUGACCGACAUCCGCAAAUACAAAAAUUCCUCAGGGAGCGCAAUGUCAACCAAUUCUAUGAUGUCUGGCACAUAGAGAAAGGAAUUGCAAAGCAGCUGGAAAAAGUGUGCAAGCUAAAGGGUUGUGAGAAAAUACGUAAAUGGUUGCAUAGUAUAAAAAACCACAUCUAUUGGACUGCUGCAUCAUCAAGCAGUGGACCUGAAAAAGUGGCUAAAUGGAUGUCUAUGCUAAACCACAUGCAAAAUAAGCACACACAUGAAGACAGCAAUUUUCCAGCAUGUCUACAUGGAACAAGGAGAAGUCGAGACACAAAAAAGUGGCUAGCUGCUGGAACACUGCCAUAUCUCAAGUUGGAGAAAGUUCUCUCCAACAAGAGAAUUGUGAAGGAUGUUGCCAAGCUAAGUCCACACUAUCAGACUUCUUCUAUUGAGGUUUUCCACAGUGUAAUACUACGGUUUACACCAAAAAAUGUGGUUUUUCCAUUUCUGGGAAUGUUGUGCAGACUAUACCUGGCUGCACUACAUUACAAUGAGAAUGCCGGGCGUCCUCAAGCCACGACAGCAGCUGGUCGACCGGUGUUCAAAGUGACCUUUCCAAAGGCCAAGAAGGGAGAAUACCGGGUCAGAGAAGUAAAGACACAAGCAACAUUCAGAUAUGUGGAUGACCUGCUGGACCUCAUAUUUGAUAAAGUCUUUGUGGAUCCUGCACCAUAUGUGGAUGAUGUUUUGAGGAUACCAAUACCACCAGCAUUGUGCGCAGAGUAUGACCGGCCAGAGAAGGAGGAGGCCAUCUCUAGUAGGGUAUCUCGGUUUAAUCAAUAGGUGGUCGAAAACCUACAUAACUACCCUGGGCAUCAGGAAACUCUCUUCGAAUCCUCAGGACCACACAGGAUGGAAUCACAACUCGAACUUUUCGUCCAAGGAAACCCCAGCACCAGCUCACAAAACUCCGAUAAGCUAAAAAUCUGUAACGACUAAGGCACACACACACAUAGCCACGUUCUCAAAACAGGGUUCAAGGAUUUUUCUGUUUUUUUUUUUCUUUCAAAUAUCUAUCAUUUGUUGUCUGGAGUUGAAAUAUUUUAUAUUUAAU